UCCAGGUGAAUAAGUCAUGAGAAAAAUGAAUAAUUAUGCCUGAGGACAUCUGAAAAGAUAAACUUAUAUUAAGCAAUUAAGCUUUAAUAGGAUUAUACAAAGUAGUGAUGGGAAAAAGAGGUAUUUCAAGUAGAAAGAUAAUGUGUAAAAAGACCUGACAGUCUAGAAGUUCAUGUUCUUUUGGAAAACAGGGAGUUUCCUAGUAUGGCUAGAUCUUAUGGCUUAUAAUAGGAAUGAGAAAAAAAUAAAAAGCCUUCCUUAAUGCCCCUAGUCAGUCAGACAUUUUCUCUUCCGUAAUUCCACAGAAAUUUUAUGUGGAUUUUCACUGCAUUUAUCAUAUGACAUGAAAAAGUAUUUGUUGAAAUAUGUUUCUCCCUUUUAACUAUGAGCUUAGUAUAUAGAUAUUUGCUGUUAAUAAUAUAUCUGAUAUGUUAUAGAAAUUCAAAGAACAUCUCUUGAAUCAAAGAGUCUGGAAAAUUAAAGUUAGAACCAGAUUCAGAAUGCUCUGUCUCAUAUGACUAAUGAAAAAGUUUAGGGUUGGGUCAUUUUUGCUUUCAAAAUUUUUUGCUUUUUUGUCAUUUUGCUACGAGGAGAUUCCUCCGAACAAUCUGAAUUUUCACCUUCUCGUCAAAAUCGGAAACACUUGGCCCCCCGUGAGGUGGUAACACGCAGCUGAAGUUGAGUGGCGGCUGCCACCUUUCACGGAACUGUCUCUGCACAUGCCACAGUCCCCACCUCUCCCUCUUGUCCUCCACUCAGCCCAUUUCAUCACUUUACGUUAUCUGCUUGGCUGCUGCAGACUCGUCCAUUCUUCCCUCUCCUUUGCUGCAGUGCAGGGGACUACCAGUAAAGAGCACAUCCUCAGGUAUGUGUUUUAGAAAUAUGUUUUGGCAGCUCUUGGAACUAUUUAACUGUAGAAGUAGGUCAGGUGGUAGCAUAUUCUAAUGUCAAGUGUUUAGCAGGAUUCUAAACUAGCUUUAUAUGCUUGAUAAAAAACAUGUAUGUAUAUUAUUGUUCUAUAAUAUCCUUAGGAGAAUAAAAUGGGUUUUAUUGUUAAAGACAGAAAGAAAUUUGGCCCUAAGGUGAAGGCCAGCUUCUUAUGUCAUGGCAGGGAAGACAAUAUUGCAAGUUGUCCAUAGGAAAUAGACUUAAUUGUAAAACUGAGAAGUAUGAUUUUACUAAAAACUAUGCUCAGCUUAGAGGUGAUGAAAAUCAUUUUGCAGGAAGCAGGAGAGAUAGAAUAGUCCAACAUGUAUUUACAAGCAAACAAGUGUUUAUGAUACAAUGCAGAUGAUCCUCGAAUACGCAACAUACAUUACACUUUGCCCUUCUUUAUGGAUUUGGGAUAUUUUUGGCAGAUUGUUUUUUUUUUUUUUUGCAUUAUUCUCCGAAUAUAAAAAUCACAUAGUACAAGCUAAGUAGGAAAGAUGAUUGUUUACCACUCCCUUUUUUUCAGAGGUAUUUUUAUCAUGUCUUACCAGCAUAUAUUUAUAUAUCUGAUCCUUUCUCCAGGAUGCUACAUAGAGUUUUGCGGACAAGUGUUUUUUCCCUCCUUUCCUUAACAACACCUCUGGUUGAAAGGUGUGUUUGCAGUGCCAAAAUUAAAUAUUCGGGUUCGUCAAGUACUAUAAUCUGUGGUACAGAAAUGGGUAGGUGGGAAAAUACUGAAAUCUCAGCUUUUUCUUGUUAUCAGGUUAUGAAAAAUGUUGACAAACAUUUGGAAGAAGUGAGAGCUGGCAGGAGUGGGUUAGGAACUGGUAGCUGCAGAAAGACCAAAGAAAAUUGUCAGCUUCUCUCUCUCCUGACAUUUUGCUUAUGUAUAGAGGAAGGGUUUACAUCCCUCCUAUUUUUUUAACAUUCCUGCAUAAUUCGAAUGGAGAGCCUGAUGAGGACGUACCUGCGUUUUGAAAAUUUAUGGGGAAAGCAGCAUUUUUGCAUUUCUGCUAAAUGAAAUGACAGGAUUGGCUCCAGGUUUCUAUUCCCAGCAAAAGCCUCAGGUUCGUCUGUGACAGGACUCUCCAUAGAGGUUAUUUUUACCUGGCAUGGCUGUGCUGUUACUGAUGCUGCUGCUCUCGCUGGCAGAAAUAACUUCUCCUGUGGGUGUCUCGGGCAGAAUGAAAGCUGGGUCAAGGUGGAGAGGUGAAAAGAAUCGCUCCCGUCUUCGUCAGGAAGAUUUUCCACCUCGCAUUGUUGAACACCCUUCGGACCUAAUUGUGUCAAAAGGAGAACCUGCAACUUUGAACUGUAAAGCUGAAGGCCGCCCCACACCCACUAUUGAAUGGUACAAAGGGGGGGAGAGAGUGGAGACAGACAAAGAUGACCCUCGAUCACACCGAAUGUUGCUGCCAAGUGGAUCUUUAUUUUUCUUACGUAUAGUACAUGGACGAAAAAGCAGGCCUGAUGAAGGGGUCUACGUCUGUGUAGCAAGGAAUUACCUCGGAGAGGCCGUGAGCCAUAAUGCAUCGCUGGAGGUGGCUAUACUCCGGGAUGACUUCAGACAAAAUCCUUCCGAUGUCAUGGUGGCAGUGGGGGAGCCUGCAGUGAUGGAAUGCCAGCCUCCACGAGGCCAUCCUGAACCCACCAUUUCAUGGAAGAAAGAUGGCUCUCCGCUGGAUGAUAAAGAUGAACGAAUAACUAUUCGAGGAGGAAAGCUCAUGAUCACUUACACCCGCAAAAGUGAUGCUGGCAAAUAUGUUUGUGUUGGUACCAACAUGGUUGGGGAACGGGAGAGUGAAGUGGCUGAGCUAACGGUUUUGGAGAGACCAUCGUUUGUAAAGAGACCUAGUAACUUGGCGGUAACUGUGGACGACAGUGCGGAAUUUAAAUGUGAGGCCCGAGGUGACCCUGUGCCUACGGUACGAUGGAGGAAAGAUGAUGGAGAACUGCCCAAAUCCAGAUAUGAAAUCAGAGAUGAUCAUACCUUGAAAAUUCGGAAGGUGAUGGCUGGUGACAUGGGGUCAUAUACUUGUGUUGCAGAAAAUAUGGUUGGAAAAGCAGAAGCUUCAGCUACUCUGACUGUUCAAGAACCUCCACAUUUUGUUGUGAAACCCCGUGACCAGGUUGUUGCUUUGGGGCGAACUGUAACUUUUCAGUGUGAAGCAACUGGAAAUCCUCAACCAGCUAUUUUUUGGAGACGAGAGGGGAGUCAGAAUCUGCUUUUCUCAUAUCAGCCACCACAGUCAACCAGCCGUUUUUCAGUCUCCCAGACUGGUGAUCUCACUAUCACUAACGUCCAGCGAUCUGAUGUUGGUUAUUAUAUCUGCCAGACUUUAAAUGUUGCUGGAAGUAUCAUCACAAAAGCAUAUUUGGAAGUAACUGAUGUGAUUGCAGACCGGCCUCCCCCGGUCAUUCGACAAGGUCCUGUGAAUCAGACUGUGGCCGUGGAUGGUACUUUAGUGCUCAGCUGUGUGGCCACAGGCAGUCCAGCACCCACGAUUCUUUGGAGAAAGGAUGGAGUGCUUGUUUCAACCCAAGAUUCUCGAAUCAAACAGCUGGAGACAGGAGUGCUGCAGAUCCGAUAUGCUAAGCUGGGUGACACAGGUCGGUAUACCUGCAUUGCAUCAACCCCCAGUGGUGAGGCAACAUGGAGUGCUUACAUUGAAGUCCAAGAAUUUGGAGUUCCAGUUCAGCCUCCAAGACCCACUGACCCAAAUUUAAUCCCUAGUGCCCCCUCAAAACCUGAAGUUACAGAUGUCAGCAGAAAUACGGUAACCUUGUCAUGGCAACCAAAUUUGAAUUCAGGUGCAACUCCAACAUCUUACAUUAUAGAAGCCUUCAGCCACGCAUCUGGUAGCAGCUGGCAGACUGUAGCAGAGAAUGUGAAAGCGGAAACAUUCGCCAUUAAAGGACUAAAACCUAAUGCAAUUUACCUUUUCCUUGUGAGAGCAGCAAAUGCAUAUGGAAUUAGUGAUCCAAGCCAGAUAUCAGAUCCAGUGAAAACGCAAGAUGUUCCCCCAACAAGUCAGGGAGUAGAUCACAAGCAGGUCCAGAGAGAAUUGGGAAAUGUUGUACUGCACCUGCACAACCCCACCAUCCUUUCUUCCUCUUCAAUCGAAGUACACUGGACAGUGGACCAACAAUCUCAGUAUAUUCAAGGAUAUAAAAUUCUUUAUCGGCCAUCAGGAGCCAACCAUGGUGAAUCGGAGUGGUUAGUUUUUGAAGUGAGGACCCCAACCAAAAAUAGCGUGGUUAUCCCUGAUCUCAAAAAGGGAGUCAACUAUGAAAUUAAGGCUCGUCCUUUUUUUAAUGAAUUUCAAGGAGCAGAUAGUGAAAUUAAGUUCGCAAAGACCUUAGAAGAAGCACCCAGUGCCCCACCCCAAAGUGUAACUGUGUCAAAGAAUGAUGGAAAUGGAACUGCAAUUCUUGUUAGUUGGCAGGCGCCUCCAGAAGACACUCAAAACGGAAUGGUCCAAGAGUAUAAGGUUUGGUGUCUGGGCAAUGAAACUAGAUAUCAUAUAAACAAGACAGUAGAUGGUUCCACCUUUUCUGUGGUCAUCCCUUCUCUGGUUCCUGGGAUCCGGUACAGCAUAGAGGUGGCAGCCAGCACUGGGGCUGGGGCCGGGGUAAAGAGCGAGCCACAGUUCAUCCAGUUAGAUUCUCAUGGAAACCCUGUGUCGCCUGAAGACCAGGUCAGCCUUGCUCAGCAGAUCUCCGAUGUGGUGAAGCAGCCAGCGUUCAUUGCCGGAAUCGGGGCAGCCUGCUGGAUCAUCCUCAUGGUGUUUAGCAUCUGGCUUUAUCGACACCGCAAGAAGAGAAACGGGCUGACUAGUACUUACGCGGGUAUCAGAAAAGUCCCGUCUUUUACCUUCACACCAACAGUAACUUAUCAGAGAGGCGGUGAAGCUGUAAGCAGUGGAGGAAGGCCAGGACUUCUGAACAUCGGUGAACCUGCCACACAGCCAUGGCUGGCCGACACAUGGCCUAAUACUGGCAACAGUCACAAUGACUGCUCCAUCACUUGCUGCACUGCAGCCAAUGGUAACAGUGAUAGCAACCUGACCACCUACAGUCGCCCAGCUGAUUGUAUAGCAAAUUAUAACAACCAACUGGAUAACAAACAAACAAAUCUGAUGCUCCCUGAGUCAACUGUUUAUGGUGAUGUGGACCUUAGUAACAAAAUCAAUGAGAUGAAAACCUUCAAUAGCCCAAAUCUGAAGGACGGGCGUUUUGUCAAUCCAUCAGGGCAGCCCACUCCUUACGCCACCACCCAGCUCAUCCAGUCCAACCUCAGCAACAACAUGAACAAUGGCAGUGGGGACCCCAGCGAGAAGCACUGGAAGCCGCCCGGACAGCAGAAACAGGAAGUGGCACCAAUUCAGUAUAACAUCAUGGAGCAAAACAAACUGAACAAAGAUUAUCGAGCAAAUGACACAAUUCCUCCAACUAUCCCAUACAACCAGUCAUACGACCAGAAUACAGGAGGAUCUUACAACAGUUCAGACCGGGGCAGUAGUACAUCUGGGAGUCAAGGGCACAAGAAAGGGGCACGGACACCCAAAGUUCCAAAACAGGGUGGCAUGAACUGGGCAGACCUGCUUCCUCCUCCCCCAGCACAUCCUCCGCCUCACAGCAAUAGUGAAGAGUACAGCAUUUCUGUAGAUGAAAGUUAUGACCAAGAAAUGCCAUGUCCCGUGCCACCAGCCAGGAUGUAUUUGCAACAGGACGAGCUGGAAGAGGAGGAAGAUGAACGAGGCCCCACCCCCCCUGUACGGGGAGCAGCUUCUUCUCCAGCUGCUGUGUCUUACAGCCAUCAGUCCACUGCGACACUGACCCCGUCUCCACAAGAAGAACUCCAGCCCAUGUUACAGGAUUGCCCGGAGGAGAUUGGCCACAUGCAGCACCAACCCGAUAGGAGACGGCAGCCUGUGAGUCCCCCUCCACCACCACGACCGAUUUCCCCACCACAUACCUAUGGCUACAUUUCAGGACCUCUUGUCUCAGAUAUGGAUACGGAUGCUCCAGAAGAGGAAGAAGAUGAAGCAGACAUGGAAGUGGCCAAGAUGCAGACCAGACGGCUUUUGUUACGUGGGCUUGAGCAGACCCCUGCCUCCAGUGUAGGGGACCUCGAGAGCUCUGUCACUGGGUCCAUGAUCAAUGGCUGGGGCUCAGCCUCAGAGGAGGACAACAUUUCCAGUGGACGCUCCAGUGUUAGUUCUUCCGAUGGCUCUUUCUUCACCGAUGCCGAUUUUGCCCAGGCGGUGGCGGCAGCAGCAGAGUAUGCUGGCCUCAAAGUGGCACGUCGCCAAAUGCAGGAUGCCGCUGGCCGCCGACAUUUUCAUGCAUCCCAGUGCCCAAGACCCACAAGUCCUGUUUCUACAGACAGCAACAUGAGUGCUGCGGUAAUACAGAAGGCCAGACCAGCCAAGAAGCAAAAACACCAGCCAGGACAUCUGCGCAGAGAAGCCUACACAGAUGAUCUUCCACCUCCUCCGGUGCCACCACCUGCUAUAAAGUCACCCACUGUCCAAUCCAAGGCACAGCUGGAGGUGCGACCUGUAAUGGCACCCAAACUACCUUCUGUAGAAGCAAGAACAGACAGAUCAUCAGAUAGAAAAGUAGGCAGCUACAAGGGGAGAGAAGUAUUGGAUGGAAGACAAGUUGCAGAUAUGAGAACAAAUCCAGGUGAUACCAGAGAAGCACAGGAGCAGCAAAAUGAUGGGAAAGGACGAGGAAACAAGGCAGCAAAACGCGACCUUCCACCAGCAAAGAUUCAUCUCAUCCAAGAGGAUAUUCUACCUUACUGUAGACCUACUUUUCCGACAUCAAAUAAUCCCAGAGAUCCUAGUUCUUCAAGCUCAAUGUCAUCAAGAGGAUCAGGAAGCAGACAAAGAGAACAAGCAAAUGUAGGUCGAAGAAAUAUUGCAGAAAUGCAGGUUCUUGGAGGAUAUGAAAGAGGAGAAGAUAAUAAUGAAGAAUUAGAGGAAACUGAAAGCUGAAGACAACCAGAGAGGCUCGUGCGAUCCAAUGUGAAAAGUAUCUCUCAAGAUGCCUCUUGUCUGAUGACACAUGACGCCAGAUACAAUGUUCAGUGCAAUCAGAGUGUAAAAAUUGUCAUUUUUAUUCCUCUUAUUGGAAUACCAUUUUUAAAAAUUUUAUUGGAGUUUUAUUGUUGUUGUUUGAUCCUUAUCCCUAUGAAGAACUUCCCUAUUCCCCUCGCUGUUGGAACAAACCAUUACACUUUACUUCUAGCAAGGGAAGUACUUGACUUCUUGCCUCAGUCAUCAGCCAGCAAGAGAGAACAAAACAGUUCGUUUGCAUUUUGCCCCUGAGAUAUGGCAUUGCACUGCUUCUAUAUCAAGCCAAUUUUAUAGCAAAGUAUUGAUCAAAGAUACAAAAUUGACUAAUCAACCUCAUGGCAAGGGCUCUCAAGAUAUAAUCUUUCUAUAACCAACUGCUACUGCAAAUUAAAACAUAUUUCAUUUUCACAUGAUUUUAAAGUCAGUCUUUCAUACCACCUUCUGCUGGGAGAAAAUAAAAUAGAAUACAUGCAGAACAACCACAAGUCGAUUUGAAUGGGGUAGAAACAUUGUAAAUAUAUACUCUUUGCAACCCCUGGUGGUACUUUAUUUUGUCUUCAUUUCAAUCAUGGAAGUAUAUUCUUACUGGAAAUAUACUUUUGGAUAAAUAGGGAUAAGCCAGUUGGAUCUCUGGUUGUCUAGUCAUUGUCAUAAGUAAGCCUAGCAAAAAACCUUGUUCUAUUUUUCAAUCGAAUGCAAUUAUUAAUGCAUAUUACAAACCAAUGGAUGUUUUUAAUGACCAAUUGAAUAAGGACAUCCCUAUCUUAACUGGCCUAAAUUUCUUCUGGUAGUGUCAGUUCAACUUUCAGAAGUGCCACUUAAGGAAGUUUGAUUUUUGUUUUUGUAAUGCACUGUUUUUAAUCUUUUUUUUUUUUUUUUUUGGUUUUAAAAGCACAAUCACUAAACUUUAUUUGUAAACCAUUGUAACUAUUAACCUUUUUUGUCUUAUUGAAAAAAGUGUUGAGAAGCGUUUUUAACCUGUUUUGUUAAUGCUCUAUGUUUGUAUUUGGAAUAUUUGAAUGAUGACAGGUGGUGAAGUAACGUGCAUACUUUAUUGUGGGCCAUGAACUCAAUGGUUCUUACUUUUCCUGGACCUAAAGAAAAAAAAGGUUUAAGUUUGUUGUGGCCAAUGUUGAAACUUAUAAGAUUUUCUUAUAAGCUCAAAGAGAGGCAUUACUUGCUUUGAAUUGCCAAAUGAUGCCCUCUGACUGUAGAUUUUUAUGAUCCUUUUUUGUCGUUAUAUGAAUUUCAUUGACUUGAUAAUUGGUGCUAUUUGAAGAAAAAAAUGUACAUUUAUUCAUACACAGGUAUCAGGCCUGACCCCACUGGAAAACAAAGCCAAACAAAACUGAACCACACAGAAAAAGCUGGUGUUCACCAAAAACUAAAUGUGUUCACUUAGAUAAUUUGAAAAUUACAUAGAAAGGGUGUGCAGUACUAAGGGAACAAUCCAUGUGAUUAAUGUUUUCAUUAUGUUCAUGUAAGAAACCUCUUAUUUUUAGCCAUAAUUUUGCAUACUGAAAACCAAUAAUCAGAAAAGUAAUUUUGUCACAUUAUUUAUUAAAAAUGUUCUCAAAUACAUCAUU